AGCAGGCCAUCAAAUCCUGCUUGCUCAUGCAAUAACUUUAGAAAACACAUACAGAGACCCUGGAUCGCUUACGAGUCUCCCAGCAUCCGAAGGCGAUGGAAUUUGCAACACCAGUCAGCCGUCAGUGCAGCCGGCUUGGGCUCGCAAGGGAAGCCUCCUUCGAGGAGGUGCAAGAUGCCAGGAACUACUUGUACGAGACGUACAAGAGGCAUGAGAGGAGCAGGGAGGCCAUAGAGCUGGCCUAUGACAGCAUCCUGCAGGAGCGGAUGAAAGUGCGGCACAAAUACGGCUUCCAGCCACCUCGCAGGGGCCGCAAGAGCGAUGUGCAGGGCGAUCCCCUGCCAACGGGCAUCAUUGGGAACAUCAAGGAGAGGUUGGAACCAUCAGUGCCAUUGCCCACCAUUGUCAACGACGGCUCCAUUUUCAUCAUGAUGGGACUCUGGGCGGCUUGGCAGACGAGCACGGCGGACCCGUCGCUGCCGGUGGGCGCGGCGCUGUGCUUCUCAGUGUGGCGGCUAUUCGACAAGCGCAAGAAGCGCGCGCCCGAGAGCGACCUCGGCCGCUCGCCCAUCUGGGGCGCUGUCGGCGUUACCCUCUUUGGCUUGUUCCUGGGAUCCCUGGUGAGUUGGGCGCUGGUCAGAGUGCUACCCCUGCCGCGAAUCAUCCGGCCUGAUCAGGCGGGGCUCUUCAUCAUCAAUAUUGUGAUGGGCCUGGUCUGCAUCUUCUUCAAGUGA